GGGCCGGGAGGCGGUGGCGCCGCCGGCCGCCCGGGGAGGACGGACCGGGCAUGGCCGGGAGGGGCGGUGGCACCGGCACCUCCCCGCCGCCGGGGCAGGGCGUGGGGGCUGAGAGGCGGCGGCGGCCGCAGCCCCAGCCGCAGCAUGAGCUGGCCGGCCCCGGCCCCGCGGCUGCCCCGCGGCGGCCGCCAAGGGCAGAGCGGCGGCAGCGGGCGGCCUGGAUGGAGCCGGCCCCGCGGCGCUGCCCCGCCGGGCGGCCCGGCUGCCCGCGGCGGGGCUGCCGGCGGCUGCGCUGGCGGCGCUGGGCGCUGGCGGCCGGGCUGCUGGGCGCCGCCGCCGCCCUCGCCCUCUACGCCGGGCUGCCCGAGCCGGCGGCGGAGCCGCGGGCCGCGGCGGGAAGCGGCGAGGUGAACGUGCUGCUGUGGUGGGAGCCCUUCGGCCGCCCGCGGGGCACGGCCGACUGCCGGCGGCGCUACAACAUCACGGGCUGCCGCCUCAGCUCCAACCGCAGCCUGUACGGCGAGGCGCAGGCGGUGCUUUUCCACCACCGCGACCUGGUGCUGCACGACCAGGAGCUGCCCCAGCCGCCCCCGCCGCGGCCCCCGCGGCAGCUCUGGGUGUGGAUGAACUUCGAGUCGCCCUCGCACUCGCCCGACCUGUGGGCACUCGCCAGCAUCUUCAACUGGACCAUGUCAUACCGGCGGGACUCCGACAUCUUCGUGCCCUACGGGUACCUCUACGCCCUACCGGCGCCCCGGCCCUUCGUCCUCCCCCGCAAGACACGGCUGGUGGCCUGGGUCAUCAGUAACUGGAACGAGGAGCACGCCCGGGUGCGCUACUACCGCCAGCUGAAGGAGCACAUUGCCAUCGACGUGUAUGGGGCACGGGGGCUGGCGCUGCCCAAGGGCAAUGUGGUGGAGACCGUCUCAGCCUACAAGUUCUACCUGGCCUUCGAGAACUCCCAGCACACCGACUACAUCACCGAGAAGCUCUGGAGAAACGCCUUCGCCGCCAGUGCCGUGCCCAUCGUCCUCGGCCCUGACAGGGCCAACUACGAGCGCUUCAUCCCCCCCGACUCCUUCAUCCACGUCGAUGACUUCCCCAGCCCCCGGCUGCUGGCCAUCUACCUGAAAUUCCUUGAUAAAAGCAAAGCCAACUACAAGAAGUAUUUUGCCUGGAGGAAGAAGUAUGAGGUCCACAUCACCUCGUUCUGGGACGAGCAUUUCUGCAAGGUUUGCGAGGCCGUGCGGGCAGCCGGGAAUCAGAUCAAGACUGUACAAAACCUGGCCAGCUGGUUUGAAAGCUGAUGUUCCUGGGGGUGAGGCUUCCUGGCCAGCCCGUCCAGCAGUGGAUGGUGCCGAGGCAGAGGGGGGACUGGGUCUCGCAGAGGUCGUUAGCGAGGGGGUACGCAGAAGGCUGUCGUCAGCGAGAGAAGUAUACAGGUACAGGUAAACAAACUGUGAAAAACCUAUGAAAGUAAGAUUUUUAUUAAACUGCAGAAUUAUGGAAGUACAAAGGAACAUCAGGCAAGGUGAUUCUUCAACAACGAAGUUAAAUUUCCAGAGGUUGUGCAGCUCUGAAACCUUUACAGAUGUGCAUAGCUCGGCAUAAAAUCCAAUGUCAAGUUCUUCAGCCAAACAGCUGAAACCAAUUUUGUCAGCUAUGACAGCUUCCUGGACCGUGAAACUUUCUUCUCCUUACAGGGGAUACAUGAUCUGUGCUGGUUUUCUGUAUGCUGAAGACUAAAGCUUAUAUUUUUAACAGUGAUUAUUAUUAUGUGUGAAAGCUACUUGCAGGCAAAUUCUGAGCUGUAAGUGUUGAACAUAAGAAUGUAAUGAUGCAGUGGCACUUUUUAGCAAUGUUUGAAAUUGCAGCAGCCUACUAAUAAUUCUUGGAGCAGAAUAGUAAUUCCCUUUAGGAAAUGUGUACGGAAGAGACUGGAGCCGAGUGGAACAAACAGCUCAGAUGAUGCAGAGUGUUUAUUCCACUGCCUACCAGAACCAUAGGCACCUUUAUCCUGUACAAAAGUGAAGAAAAGCUUUAAGUACAGGAAAAGACAGAUUACAGGGAAAAAAGUCAUAGCAUUUCCACCCUUCCCUUAUUCAGGAAUUAGAAAAUGUUUACAGGAGUCUCUGUGUUUUUCUCUGCAAAAUUACUACCAUACAGGAAAAAGCAGGGAAAGGCUCAGAACUACAGGGUUUUUAUUACUAUAUUGAAUAUGUAUACAGAAAGGCUAACUUAUUUCUCUAGUAUCAUUAGACUGUCCUGUUGUGUAGCGAUUGGUUUGGUUUAUGGCACACUUUUAAAACAAUUCUGCUGGGUGCCAGACUACUCAGAACAGGGCUUUACUGUUUGUAAAAUAAAACUACCAAAAAACCCCUCCCACAUAAACUCAAGUCCCAAACCACUGCCUUUCAAAAAGCAAAUUACUGCAGAGAAUAAGGUUCAGACUGUUGGUAAAACACAGAUUGUGUGAGGAAAGGAUAUGAAAAGGGAUUUUUUAGUUUUCCUUUUGGUUUUGAGGUUAUUUUUAAGCUUGGUUUUUUAAUCAAUAAAUUGGUUCCUAAGAUAAAACUUCAUUCUCACGGUGCCUACCGGGAACUUUUAAGAUAGUUAUUCCCUUUCAUUCUGCUGUUUGGCUGGAGUAAGAUCUUCCUAGUAGUCAGCGGGUGGUUACUUUUUGGUUACUCGUAAUCUUGCACCAGGAAAUCUAGAAACUUCAAUUGCAAUUACUUGUCCUCAUGAAGCUGAGGCCUCCCUGCCCUUCGCGACUCUGAGAUUUGAUGGCAAGAAACAAUAACCCACAAAGGUCCUGCACAAAUGAUGAAGGGAUUCAUCCAGCUCCUGUUUAAGGGGCUGAAUAAUCCAUAGAAAUAUGCAGAGAAUUCACAUGGAAUAAGAACAUGGGCACAGAACAGGUGGGGAAAGAAGAAAGUCCGUUGCAAAUAAAAGCUGGGCGUCAGAACAGGUGAGUUUACUGGCAGUAGGAGCUGUAUUUGGGCUAGAAUAGGAUUGAAUUUGACUUGAGCAAUAAGGGACGUUGGGCAGGUGCUCUUUAGAUCUAUGAGUGACAGCCUGCAGUAAUUUAUUUUAAGUUAGGUGAUCAUCAUGAUUAGGUAAGCAUGGAACUUAAGAUUACUGAAGAAAAUCUGUAAUAAUGAAGUUCAUUAACGAUGUUCACAAAUUUACCAGGUCAUAUCGUACUGGCUGCUACAUUUAUUCCCUUCUGCUUUUGCACAAUGAAAGACAGCUAAAGGUACUUCAUUUCUGUUGCUAACGCCAGAGCUGCUGUCAAAAUUUCAUGGCAAAAGGAGAGUCAAGGCUGUACAGAAUAUAGUAGGGAUGGUCCCUAAUGCUGCAUUUUCACUUGAGCAGGUCUUAAGUGAUUGUUUAAAGCAAAAGCAUGUUCCUCAUUGCAUGCUCAUCUGUUUCUCUGCCAGUGGCUACUGCUCCCAUAAAAUGGGCUUUGAUAAUUUUAAAAAUUGAAUUUAAGUAUAGUAUUAAUAGCAAAGUGUCAGAAAAGCAGACUGUUUCCCUUUGAUUUGCCCUUUUUCUGUUUAGUUUUUAUCACAGUUCACAUAAAUCUAUAUAAACCCCUAUUCCUAAAAGCAAUGAGCAAUCUUUAAAAACUGAUAUUUAAGAUUGCAUUACUUUUUAUCAGUCUGCUGAAACUAAUGCAUUUUUUCUUCAGUCCUUCUACAUUUUUUAGCAUUUUCUGGAAGUUUCCAGGCACACCAUCCUGGGUGAUCAUUAGUGGUGGCACAGGCAAGAGAUCAGACUAUGGGAGCAUGGGAAUAUCCAAAGAUUACAACCGAUACUUUUUUCCCUCAGCGUCUCUAAGAAAAACAGUUGAAAUCUUUGAUAAGCUAGAGUUCUGUAAAACUCAGAAGAGAACUAUGCAUUAAUUAAAGCAUCAUGUUUGAAUAGGACAUAAAUCACCCAUUCGUGAUACAGUUGUGCUUUAUUUGUAAGUUAUGCUUUGAGUAUUUUAAAGAGUUGUUUGAUGAAAACUGCAGUCUUGUAAUCAUUAUUGCAGAGCGCUGGCUUUGGGAGAAAAAAGAAGCCUCUUCUAGUUUCAUAGUUCUUAUGUGAACAUUACACACUUUUCCCUUUGGAUUUGGGAGGAAAUUCAGCCCAAUCUACAGCUGCUGAAGUCAGUAACAUGACAUCUACUUUGGUUUUUGGCUCAUCCACUCCACAGGCUAAUAAUCAGUGCACCAUUAUAAGCUAAUUGUAACUGUCUUUUGUAAUUCGAUUUGCAGAUGGCAAGUUCAACGAUGAAUGAAAAACUUGUCUGUGCAAAUUAGAUCGUAGAUCAGGUACCAGACUCCACAACAGAUUGCAGGUGAUGUGUAAAAUCUACUUGUAAAAAUUGAGCAAAUUUAUUUUCUGUUUUAAGUAGAAAAGUAUUUUUAAAUACAUUUUGAAAAAGUGUUUUAUUCCAUGCCUUAAAAAAAAUUGGGGUGGAGGGAAAGGAAGAUCAUUAUCUUCUGGUUUUUAUAAGGAGAAGUAAUAAUAUUUUUUGAUUAUGGUAUAAAUGGAAUAGAGAAUUAUGUGAUUCUUUAAGUUACAGAUUGUACCUCAGGGAAUUUUAUACUGUAAAGCCUCUUAAUCUUCAUAGAAUGAAGUAACUUUAAUUGUAUUAAUUAUAAUAUUUAGAUUGACAAUAAAAUUAAAGGAAGUAGCACAAAAUGA